UGUAUACACUAUACUAUCUUCAAGUUGCUGUGUGUUUUUUUUUUCAGAUACAUUAUGAACUUGGGCAUAAGUGUGAACAAGAAAGUAAUAUUAGUCAGUACAUUUACUGAGUGCCUCAUUUUAGGAGGACCUACGUACGGAUGGCCAUCAUUGGUCUACGUCCUGCGGGACAGGGGAUAUUUCAGUGACCAAUGUCUGAACCAUACACAAACACUUAAUGACCGGGUAGAAUAUGGCGUCCAUGGUUAUCCGACAUGCGCUGAGCAAGAUGCGCGUCUCCAACUUGUUUUCAUCAUCGGGGCAUUUGGGUUGAAUACUAGUGCACUUAUAUUUGGAUUAGUGUAUGACAAGUUUGGAAUAAGAUUAUCACGAAUAUUCAGCAGUAUAUUCAUUCUGCUAGCAUGCCUAUUGUUUGCAUUCAGCGGUCCAGCGACAUCAUAUUUGUCAUUUAUGGCUUUGUAUCUAUUAGCAACUGGUGGUGCUAUUCUUCUCAUCACCAACUCCCAGCUUAGUACGUGUUUCAUAUGUGAUCCAAUGACCGAAGCGCUUUCCACACAUCAGCGAGACUUUGUGGACGGUGUUUUAAACCAUAAACCAAGCAUUUUUAUGAGGCUUAGACUUAGAGUGUUAGAGAGUGUAGUUGUUGAUAGCCAUGAGAAAACGUUCUAA